CCAAAGAACAUAGUGUGAGAGGGACUUUACCAUGGUAAUGAAUCAAAAUAAUUUUUGUUGAAAGGAAAGGUGUGCACAGGAAUGAAUUCUCUUUAGGGCAUUUUAUGAAUACACGAACGAGAUGCAUUUUACAAUGACAGAGUAGUCUCUCCAAGUUCCGGAGCUUGGUGCACGUAAUGGAGAAGGAAUUGUUUAAAAGAUUUGGACGCAGUGGGAGCAAAACUUCAAGUUCCGAUACGCUGUCAGACGGGGAGCAACGCGUUGAGGAUACUGAACCCAAACUACAACAUUUUGAGGCACUCCGCUGUUGCGCUUUAGAUUUUGUUAGUCUUGACCAAAAACGGAAGCAAGGCGGCACUUGCCGUGAAUCAAAGGACACUGGCAAAGAGGUGAAAAUGAGGAAUAAAGAUGACCUAGAGCAAGACCACGAGGAUGAGGACGAAGACGAAAUGCUGGACAACAUCCUGUCCCCCCCCUGCGCGCCCUUCCGCAAGACGAGCAACCCUGAGGUGUCCUGCGGCUUCGGAGCAGCAAUUAAAUUCAAACACCAGCUCAGUGAAGAUGGGAAACAGCUCCGCCGAGGGAGUCUGGGCGGCGCCCUUACAGGGAAGUAUCUGCUGCCGUAUGUGUCCAUCCAGCAGGCAUGGCCAGGGGCGGGGUCUGAGAGCUCCAACCUAGUGCGCAUGCGCUCCCAAAGCCUCGGCAAGUCAGCUCCUUCCCUCACUGCCAAUCUGAAGGAGCUCAGUCUGCCCAGAAGAGGGAGCUUUUGCAGGACAAGCAACAGAAAAAGUUUGAUAGGAAGUGGACAGUCUUCAGCGCUUCCUCGACCUCACUCUCCCCUCUCAUCACAUACAGGCACCAGUCCCCAGGACAGCCCCAGAAACUUCUCCCCCAGUACGUCAGCCCACUUCUCCUUCGCUCGCAGGGCUGAUGGUCGCCGCUGGUCCUUGGCCUCACUCCCAUCCUCAGGAUAUGGAACCAACACGCCAAGUUCCACCGUUUCUUCAUCCUGUUCAUCACAGGAGAAGCUCCACCAGCUGCCCUUCCAGCCUACACCUGACGAACUCCACUUCCUGUCCAAGCACUUCUGCACUGAGAGCAUCGCUGGUGACGACCCCCGCAGGGCCACGCCCAUGCGCCCACGCUCGCGCAGUCUCAGCCCUGGAAGAUCCCCUUCUUGCUGUGAUCAUGAGAUUAUUAUGAUGAAUCAUGUAUACAAAGAAAGGUUUCCCAAGGCCACGGCUCAGAUGGAGGAGCGCAUCCAGGAGAUCAUCAGCAGCAGCUCCCCAGAGAGCGUGCUGCCCCUGGCAGAUGGCGUGCUCAGCUUCGCCCACCACCAGAUCAUCGAGCUAGCCCGCGACUGCCUGGACAAGUCUCGCCUGGGUCUCAUCACCUCCCGCUACUUUUGCGAGCUCACUGACAAACUAGAAAGGCUUUUCCAAGAAUCUACUGAGCGCUCUGAGAGCAUCGAGGUGACCUUCAUUAAGGAGCUGGUGAAGAAGAUUCUUAUCGUUAUCGCCAGACCGGCACGACUCCUGGAAUGUCUGGAGUUUGACCCAGAGGAGUUCUACCACCUCCUGGAGGCUGCAGAGGGCCAUGCCAAAGAAGGACAAGGCAUCAAGACCGACAUUCCACGCUACAUCAUCAGCCAGCUUGGCCUGACACGAGACCCUUUGGAAGAAAUAGCUCAGUUAACCAGCUAUGACAGUGGAAUUGCAGAAACCCCUGAAACCGACGAUUCUGCAAGUUCUCAAAGCUUAAGUGCGACUUUGAGAUCACGCCGUAGACCCUGUGAAAUUGACUUUGAGAUGAUCAAACUCAUCAGCAACGGAGCUUACGGUGCUGUGUAUCUGGUGCGUCACAAGGAGACCAAGCAGCGCUUCGCCAUGAAGAAGAUAAACAAGCAGAACCUGAUGCUGAGGAACCAGAUCCAGCAGGCCUUUGUGGAGAGGGACAUCCUCACCUUCGCCGAGAACCCCUUUGUUGUCAGCAUGUUCUGCUCCUUUGAGACACGCAGACACCUCUGCAUGGUCAUGGAGUAUGUGGAGGGUGGAGACUGCGCCACGUUACUGAAGAACAUGGGUCCCCUACCUGUGGACAUGGCCAGGAUGUACUUCGCCGAGACCGUGCUGGCCUUGGAGUACCUGCACAACUAUGGCAUCGUCCACAGAGACCUGAAGCCAGACAAUUUACUGGUCACAUUGAUGGGGCACAUUAAGCUGACUGACUUCGGCUUGUCCAAGGUGGGCUUGAUGAACAUGACCACCAACCUCUAUGAGGGCCACAUCGAGAAGGAUGCCAGAGAGUUCUUAGAUAAACAGGUCUGUGGCACUCCAGAGUAUAUCGCCCCAGAGGUGAUCCUGCGGCAGGGCUACGGGAAGCCAGUGGACUGGUGGGCCAUGGGGAUUAUCCUCUACGAGUUCCUGGUGGGCUGCGUGCCUUUCUUCGGAGACACUCCAGAGGAACUCUUUGGCCAAGUCAUUAGCGAUGAGAUAAACUGGCCAGAGGGAGAGGACGCACCCCCGGCCGAUGCCCAGGAGCUCAUCACACUGCUGCUCCGGCAAAGCCCCCUGGAACGGCUGGGAACUGCAGGAGGAGCCUAUGAGGUCAAGCACCACAAGUUCUUUCACAAUCUGGACUGGAACAGUCUACUCAGGCAGAAGGCUGAAUUCAUCCCCCAGCUAGAGUCCGAGGACGACACCAGCUACUUUGAUACCCGAUCCGAACGAUAUCAUCACCUUGAAACUGAAGAGGAGGAGGACACGAAUGAUGAAGAUUUCAAUGUUGAGCUACGCCAAUUCUCAUCUUCGUCACACCGAUUUUCCAAAGUGUACAGCAGUCUGGAUCUGUCCCGUGGACAGCUGGAGGAGAAGGGAGAGCAGACGGAGAAGAAGAGCGAGAGUCCUCUGACUGUCGACUCGCUCAGCUGGACCCCAGACUUCACUGAACUGUCAUCUCUGUCCCACUCCUCUGACACGGACACCAGCCUGGCCAAGCCAUCUGGUCUCCUGCCCAGGUUUGCCAUCUCAGCUGAAGUGGAGAGCAGCGAGGGCUUGCCAGCCCAGAACGAGCCCAGCAAGACUGCCUUCUCCAUCGGCGAGCUGCCCCAGGAUGAACCUGAGGCCACCACGCCCUGCAGUACCGUCAGCAACUCCACCUUCUCAGGGAGCUUCUCAGAGCACCUAGACCAGCUCCCAUCACGGGCUGAGGGAGUGGCCAGUCCAGAUGGUGCCUGCAAGCCAUCUGCUGGGGACUCCGGGGCCCACCUAACCACCCAGAGACCUGGGGCCACAGAUAAGCAGUGUGCAGUUAGCAAAGUGCCGAAAUCUGCCUCUGCCAGCGCCCUGUCUCUCAUGAUCCCCGGGGAUGUUUUUGGCGUGUCCCCACUGGCUAGCCCAAUGUCUCCAUACUCACUGUCAUCAGACCCCUCCUCCAGAGACUCCUCCCCGAGCCGAGACACCUCCCUCUCAACAGCCAGCUCUCGCCAGCCAAUCAUCAUUCACAGCUCAGGAAAGAAGUUCGGUUUCACACUUCGAGCUAUUCGAGUCUACGCUUGUGACAGUGAUGUCUAUACUGUCUAUCACAUGGUCUGGAAUGUGGAGGACGGGGGUCCUGCUCAGAAGUCUGGGCUCAAAGCUGGAGACUUGAUCACCCAUGUGAAUGGAGAAACUGUCCAUGGACUGGUCCACACGGAGGUGGUCGAGCUCCUGCUGAAGAGUGGAAGUAAGGUCGCCAUAUCCACUACCCCUUUUGAGAACACUUCGAUUAAAACGGGACCAGCUAGAAGGAACAGUUACAGGAGCAGAAUGAUAAGGAGAACAAAGAAGCCCAAGAAGGAGAAAACACAAGAGCGGCGUCGGUCAGUGUUCAGGCGCUUUGCCAUGCAGCCAUCUCCACUCCUCCACACCAGCCGGAGCUUCACCUCCCUGAACCGCUCGCUGUCCUCAGGGGAGAGUCUGCCUGGGUCCCCCACGCACAGCCUGUCCCCCCGCUCUCCUACUGCCGCCUUCCGACCCACCCCCGACUUCAACCAGUCAGGUGGCACCUCCUCUCAAAGCAGUUCACCCAGCUCCAGUGCCCCCAAUUCCCCUGCUGGCUCUGGCCAUAUCCGACCCAAUACCCUGCAUGGUUUGGGGCCCAAGUUGCCUGGCCAACGGCUGCGUCAGGGCCGCCGUAAAUCUGCAGGGAGCAUCCCUCUCUCUCCACUGGCUCGGACGCCCUCACCAACCCCUCAGCCAACUUCCCCUCAGCGCUCCCCAUCCCCCCUGCUGACUCACUCAGUGGGAAGCUCUAAAACCACUCAGACCUUCCCUGCCAAGAUGCAUUCACCCCCUACGAUUGUCAGGCACAUGGUGCGACCUAAAAGUGCUGAGCCUCCCCGCUCGCCACUCCUUAAGAGGGUCCAGUCAGAGGAAAAGCUCUCACCAUCCUACACCGGGGACAAGAAGCAUCUUUGUACGCGGAAACACAGCCUGGAGGUGACUCAAGAGGAAGUUCAUGGUGAGGUUGCAUCCGGAGGGGAGUACACACUACAAUGCGUGGAGGAGAACUCUUGUGAACCACCUGCCAUUACGCGGGUAAGACCUGCUGAGCAGGGUUGCUUGAAGCGCCCUGUCACUCGUAAGGUUGGGCGCCAGGAAUCUGUAGAAGAUCUCGACAAGGAGAAAUUGAAAGUAAAAGUUGUGGCAAAAAGACAGGACUGGCCUGAGAGAAGAGAGUGCCUGCAAAAGCAAGAUGCUUUGCAAGAGACCGAGUGUGCAGUGAGCACCCACGCUGAUGAUAAGGACAGGGGACACCCUGGACGCCCCAGUAGCAGAUCGCAGGGCAGUACUGAAUCUGGUACACUUGAUAGCAGAGCUGCUAAUGCCAUACUAAAAGAUGUCCUGUACAAAAAACUGAACACCAGAGUGUGUGAAAGCAUCACGGAGUCUCUUAACAGCAGUGCGGACUGUGUCUCAAUAUUACAUGAGGGUGUCAGAUCUGCUCCAACCCAGUCAGACAGACAGCUAUCCAGGCAGAUUAAAGAGGGCAGUAAACCCGAUAGGCUUGAUUUCAAAGCACCCAACGUGGAGUUUGCGAGAAAGAAGCAGUCUUUUGAGGAGCGCGAGGACUGCAUGUGUUGGAUCACCCCAAGUGUCCAUGAAAGCCUUCACUUCAACACCACCAGGUCCAAAAGUCUGCAACUGGACUCUACUUUGAAUUUAGAUCCUACCAAAGGCACCCCUGGAAUAAGUGCAGAUUCUUUGGGCCCUAAGCUGUUCAGCGGGCGGGGGGAGAGUGCGGUGGAAAAACUUCAGAUGAUCUCCUCCACCGAGGGGCCCAUCAGGAAGACCUCAUCAGAGUACAAACUAGAGGGUCGUCUUGUGUCUUCUCUUAAGCCGCUGGAGGGGACAUUGGACAUUGGCCUGCUGUCUGGACCCAGAGUGUCCAAGACUGAUACAUGUCUCUCCAAGAUGGUGAGCUGCCAGGUUGACAGUGGGGGGCUGCUGGGAACUCAUCAGAACCAGAGCGAGAAGCAACUGCUAAGCCCUCAGCAGACUUCCACAAGCAAGCAGACAUCCUCUCCACCAGGGCUGGAAAGUCAUGGGGCUAAUUUGACUCUGAGCAGCCAAAACAGUGGAAAAGAACUUGCAGGGGCUAGAGGCAGUGUUGUUAGUUCCAUUAUCAGUGAAGGCACCCAUGACACAAAUAAGCAGGGUGAAGGGAUCAAGUUCCAGGUGAUGUCUACUAAAAUGGAGCCACUGGACUUGAGUGGAAAAUCGGAGAGUAGGUUGAAAACAGCCCAGGAGAUGAGGGCUGCCCGACACAGCACUCAUUUCGUCUGUGGGAAAACGCCUUCUAUCAGGGAAGUCAGCAACGAAGACCAGGAUGAUGAAAUGGAAAACCCUCAGCAAAAGCCUACCCAGCAAAACCACACUGCAGAUCCAAAGAUCCCAGUGACCUGUGACCAUGAGGUCAAGCAAACCACAUCAGUAUCAGAGAAUAGUGAUGUUCCAAACGAGAGAAGCGAGCCCCUUGUCAGUCCACAGAACCCGAGCCCAGCUUUAGUAAAUAAUAGCAAAGUAAGCAUGGCCAGUGGUAGAGAUGGGAAUACAAUUACCGCAAGAGUAGUUUCAGAGCAGGCACAUCAAGCAAGAGCAGCUGAAGAUGGUGUAAUAGGGACACGACACUCAAGUACGGCAACAGCCCAAAAUCUGCCUGAGAAAAAAGUGAGAACAUUUAGUGCAGAAAACUCACUCCUGAAUUCAGAACAUUCACUAGCAAGUGGAAUAGACAAACCAGAAAGCACAGUUGAAGCCACAGAUAAGUUUUCAGAGAAGGUACAUAUGCAGACUGCUGUCAGACACACAGCAAGUAGCACAGCAGUUUCACACGUGGAAUCGGAGCAGGUUCAAUCACAGGGAUUAGUUGAACAAAAAAUAACUGUUUCACAGGGUUUAGACUUAACACCCUUGGUUCCAACUUCCACUUCUGCUGUAUCUUUAACAUCAGCAACUUCACCAGCACUAGGCAGCUCUAUUAUUACAAACCUACUCUCUCCAGAUCCUCUCCUUCAAAACAAGCCGAGAAAAAACAGCACAGCUCCAAAAGCUGCUCCUCUAAAGGCCGUGCCUGUCAGAGAGCCUCAGUCACCACAGUGCAUCCAGAAAAAUCCCCAGCACUCCAUGCACAUCAAGUCAGACACGGCUCUAACUACACAAUCACAGCAAAUAUCUUCCAAAACGCCAACCACUUCAGUAAAUAAACACACAAGUAUUUCAGACGUUCUUUCCAAAGAUAACUCUGUCAAAACACAAAACAUUAGUGCAGGAAAUGACACAGAAUCUAGUUCACAAGGCUCUGAGCGAUGUGAAAAUAAAAACACCGACAAGGAUCACCUGACCUGUGUGAUUGCAAAAGAGUCCACUAAUGAAUCCAGUUUGGCUGGGAAGCUUGCCAAUAGUCCUGAAAAUAAAACGAUUGACGCAGGAGUGAAAAUACCACUGAACAGAGAAGUAGGAUUGAAAGAUGAUGUAAAAUUCCCUAUGACACCAGAAUGUGUUGGUUCCACAGCAGUCAGGUGGGUUGAGAGAGAAGGGGCUGUAGCCACUAGUCACACCCUCUCCAGCUUUGUGUCCAAGCAGAACACUAGUGCCAGUCCACCAAAAAUGAAAGGUAGUGAUAACAAGCCAAGUGAUAUGGUGCAGGUUCAGCUUGUAAACCUUGAAGAAAAGUUAAAAGUCAAGAGACCUCCAGAUUUGUCCAGCCAAAAGCUUUAUAAGCCAAUUCUUGAGAUGUGUGGGAAAGAGUCAGGUCUGCUACAGAAAUCUGUACAACAUCCACAACAAUCAGGUACGAGUUCUCCAGGAAAACAUGGGCCCCUGAGCUGCAAGAACAAACCCAAGGUCGAAUCCCCACUGGUUACAUACCACAGUGGCAAAGUACCAGAAGAAAGAGGAAAGCAAGAUAGCAAAGCACCUGUACGGACCACUACAACAGACAGUGUAGAUGUAAAACUAAAGGAGCCGAAAGAAGCUACCCUUUAUGCAUCUAUGGCAAUGCCACAGAGAGAGGUCUCUUGCCGUACAGGCUCCCAGAUUGCUUCUGUACCAGUGCUCCCUGUGCCUGCUGUUAAGGUUCACAUACCCAGUGGUGCCCCCACAGGCAAGGGCACUGGUGCCACACCAGAGAUGUCUGGACAGUCAAAUAAGGAGCCAGCAAGGCUUAAAGUAGAGACCUCAAAAUCAGACUCCUCACAGAAACCAAACCAUAAAGACUUUCAGAGACCUACGGUGUUGCCAAAGGAUGGCCCAGCUCCUGAGAAAGAGUCAGCUCGGCCCAAGCAAUCCAAGGAGCUGCCACGAGGGAAUAAGAAUUGACAUGGGGGAUUUUGGUGGUUGCCAUGUCAAGUUCCUUUUAAGAAAGACAAAAAGGCAAUCUUCUUUUUCCAUGCUUCGUAUCAUAAUGCCUUUCCUUCUAAGGACCGGUGUAGCUGUUACUUCAGUGUUUUGUGAAGGGAAGAAGAGACUAGUCCGCUAGUGUGUAUGCUAAUCGGCAAAUGCUCUGUUAACAUUUAUGCGUCGGGAAAAUUGUAGGUUUGAAUGUAGACCUGCUUUGCUGCUGAUGGUCACUUUUUUGUUCUCCCUUGUAUGGGAAGUCCCUGUAUUUUGUGCGCGUCGUGAGGUGGAAAAGUGUGUGCAAUCAGACGUGGUGAGAGUCAAAGCCUUUACAAGGCGUCAAAAAGAACUGCGCCAGUUGGGCUAAGUGGACUUGUUCCAAACACAAGCAUCUGGAGCAGAUGGAAUCGUAGUGGAUCUAACAAGUAUUUCUUUCUCAUUCAAACUAAAGUUGUGAAGUGAAUUGCAGCUGUUUAAUCACACUUAAAUGCCACAAAUGAAACAUUUGUAGCAAUAGUGCUUAUUUAUCAGCAUACAUUUUUCAUGCAGUAAAGAAACUUAACCACCACUGUUUGAUUUCAUACCGCUACUGCUGUUGUUUUUGUCCUAUCUAGUGACAAAAUGUGCAGUUUUGUUUUGGGUAGUGGUGCACAGAAGGGAUGUGCUUUGUCCUGUGCUUCUCACCUAGAACUAUUUUAUAAUGGAAUCAUCUUACGGUUCUGGACUCAUAUUUAGUGGAAGGGGCCUUAGGGUAUUUUGGGCAGUACAACUUGCUGUUCUUAGCAGGUUGUGGCAAAAUUCACAUUCCUUUCACAUACAUCUCUACAUUUACUAAAGAUGAAUUUUUAUGCAAUGUACUGUACAUAGAGCAAUGUUAAUUGUACAAACCGUGAUCCAUCAGAUCAGUUAAAUAUGAGUGUUGUAUGUUUUAUAUGUAUAUAUUUUGCUAUGUCUCAUGUUUGUAUACUGUACUCAAUAUGUUUGUUGCUCAGUGACCUUUUCAUAGACGGAAACGUUUUCAUCUGAAACUCAUGUGGAGACUAAAAGUAGAAAAGGCACUAUCAUUGUCAUUCUGAAAUGAGUUGUACUUGAAAUUUCACAGACACUAAUAGUAGUAAUAACGCUCACCUUCAGAUGUGUGUCAGUCAGAAUGAAAAGUCAAAAUGGCGGAAAGCACCUCAACUGCCCUUUCCUUACGGUGAUGGGUUAACCAUAAGCUAACGGUAUAAAAUGUUUGAAAAGGAAAGACUACAUGUUAAAUACUGCAAAAUAAUAACACCGUUUUUAAAAACUGAAAGUUUAAAAUUUCUAUGUCAUCAUUCAAAAUCUUUUUCCACAUAAAAUGUUAGGAUUUUAGGACAAGUCUUUUCCAGGGGUCAUUAACACAUCAGAGACUGAAAGGGGGUUGAAUUGAGGCAAGUGUUAGUGACAUUUGUGAUCAGGCAGGGUUGAGACAGUCAGGAUUUUCAGCUGGGGUUCUCAUAACUAGUUUGUUGCCCAUUGCUUGUUCACUCAUAUACAACGUGUAAUACUUAUACAAGUGGGACAUGUGUAAUACUUAUCUAGAGGCGAUUUUGCACUGACCAUAGACGUAUCUAAUAGCUGUUGAUUUAAAUCAUGAUUGAUAAAUACAUUUCACACUUUCAAAUUCAGGACUUUUCAGAUGUGAUUUGUAGUACAUCUUCAAAUGUACCCAAUGUACCCUAUAAAAAUUCAUCUUAUUAUCUAACGAUUUCACUUCUACAUUGACCUAGUGGCAAGUAGUAGGAAAUAAGAGAGGUUUGGAUCACUUUAAUGUCUAAUAAUUGCUCUAAAAUGACACAUACUUCCAUCACAUACAAUCCUAGUCAUUUCUGCAGUAUUUAAAUGUGACAGGAUAUGCUAUCAACUUUGCAGUAACUGUAGACAAUACUAGGAUAUUAAAGUAAUAUUGUAUGUUUAGAGUGCAAAGAGCAUUCAGUAAAUAGAAGCUGGAUACAAAUGCUCAAAUCACAAAUUAGGAAAUGCACCAUAUGAAGAAAAGCUAAUGAAUUUGAUUGUAGAGAUUUUAAACUGUAUUAGUGGAAUCUGAAGUUUUACUGUUCCUCAUAAGAUUUGCAAAUGUAGUCACUGUAGCCUGGAAGACAAAAUGCACCUUACUAUUAUAUUUAAAAAAAAAUACUAUAUACUUGUUGCAUUUCUGGACAGAGAUCAUGAAUGAGGAUAAGUGAGGAUAAAGAACUGUGAAUGUUUAAUGGGACAUACUUUGUCAUCUGAAAUAGCCAGCUUGAAUAUGGUCACGAAUGAGCCACAAAUGUUUCAUUUGAUGGAUUUCUGUCCCCAUGCCUUCAGCCUUGCUGAUUGAUGUUUCAAUUCUGAACUAAGCACACUGUAUUUUUGUUUACAGCUAAUUCAUGGAGUGUAUAUUUUGAAUGUUGUGUUACUCAUUUGCCAAAUCUGUGUGCUACGUCACAGGAAAUUACGUCGUGAUCGUAGUGUAUGUAUGACGUCCUUCUGCAGGUUGUGCCGUUUAAGACAUGUCAGUCUAUGGUAGCCAGUUUGUCUGUUUUGAGUUUGUCGGGUCUGAAGGGUCCUGCAUAUUUUCUGGAGUUCUCUCUCUCUCUCUUUCUUUCUCUCUCUCUCUCUCUUUCUUUCUCUCUCUCUCUCUCUCUCUCUCUUUCUUUCUCUUUCUCUUUCUCUUUCAGUGUGUGAAACUAGUGUUCGUGUAGAUGACCCUGCUUCCCACUGUAUUUUAGGAACUGUGCAAUAAGAGAUGUGGUUUUGAGUUUUGUAUUUCAAGGAAGCUCUAUGGAUGUUAUAGAUGUUGUAUUCUAUACAAAUAUUUAUACUUCUAAAGUUGUAUUAUACUGAAAAUUAAAAGGCAUGACAUGAACCUUC